AGACAAAAUAUUUUCUCUCUUCUCUAUAAUCUUCAAUUCUUGUUGUUAACGUUAUUUUUUGUUAUAUACAUUAUUCAUAAUCAGUAUAAUUCGUUUUUUUCAUUACCGAUUAUACUAGAUUCAGUGCAAUCAUCUUCAUUGUCGUCAUCAUCGUCCGUCAUACAUCCUACAUAAACUUACGUUAACUUUUGUUCCUUACAUAACACACACACACCUACUGAAUGCUAUAUUUUUUUUUCUUGCACUGCAUCAAAUCGUUCAUGAGUGAAUUUUUCAAAUUUUUCUUUUCAUUUCAUUUUUGAAAAAGUAGCUACCAUCAUUCAAACGGAUCAUCGCCCAAUUAUCGAGAUCAUCCAUGAAUAGUGACAUCGAUGAACAUCGUGAUUAACUUUUUUUAACUAAAAAAAAAAUCAUUCGUUAACGAAUCAACAUUCAAUCGCCAAUGUGUGAUCAUUCCAUCCAGACAACGGCACAUAAAAUCGAAAAUGAAUUUUUUUUCAUUUGUUUGAUUCUAAUUUUAUCCAAAACAUCAAUAUCGUGAUCGUGAAACAUAAAAUUGACUACUAUAUUUUGCUUUCUCGACAAUAAUAAUAAUUUAUGACCGUGAUCUGAACCAGUUUAUUCGAUUUGAAAUUAGCGUUUCUUCUUAAUUUGGUUGUCAAACUACUGGUGAAAAAAAACAGAUGCCAAAAAAAUCGAUAUUAGAUUAAAAAAUUCACAAGCUUCAAGUUGAAAUUAAAUUAAAUUAUCCGUUUUUCACUGUUAAUCACAGCCAAGUUUCAUUGAAUUUUGUUUUUUAUUUUUCAUUUGAAAUUAACUAAAAAAAAAAAAAAAAAAUGUCUACCAAAACCGAAUCAUCAUCACAAUCUAAAUCUUUGCAUCAUGUCAACUUCAAUACAGAUGAUAAUAAAAUUUCUGCAAAAAAGAAACGUUAUCUCACGGCCAAAUAUGGUCAACAUCAGAUGAAUUUGAUCAAAAAACGUUUAAAAGUUGAAAUGUGGAUGUAUGAACAGCUACAGUUUCUCUUUGAUUCUGAUGACAACUUGAAUGACAUUGAUAUCGAUCUCGAUGAGGUGUUGGAUUUGGAAGGCAAAACACGUAAACAAUGGCUAAGAGAAAAAUUGAUCGAUGCUAAAAAAUCAAAAGAAUUGGUGGAAAAAUUUAUUGUGGAAUUGUUGGAAAUGGCUAACACUUUAUAAAAUGAAUGUUUUCAUGUUUGUGUAAAUAAUAGUUUCUCCAUACAUUUCCGCGCUUGCAUUUGUAAAUUGUUGCUGUGACAAACUUGGCAUAUAUUUUUUCAAAAAAAAUCAAAUGAAUAAAAUGUAUUCUUAAUAAUUUCUUAA